AUGUAUCUGGCAAUUCCAUUGACUGUCAUUGGGUUAAGGAUCACAAUCGCGCGGUUCUACUUGCCGAUUGAAAAGCUCCGCUACCGUUCUACUUCGUUCGUAUCCAUCACAUUGGCACCUUCGCCGCCCAGCCGUCCGCGCGAGACGACAACCCUGAUAGACGGAUAUUCAGUGCAGGCAUCGGUAGAGCCACCGUCGCUACCGACUUCGCCCGCAGCUUCAAGCAUCAUAGCAGUUGGAUCACCCGGACAGCAGCCAUUAGGCGAAUCCUCGGAAUCGCUUCCGUCACUGCCUAAGUAUCCCGGGGCGUGGGACUCCCUAUCGUCGUCGCCGGAGAAUCGCAAGGCAAACAGCGCAUAUUUCACUGCUGCGUGGGGCUCUCCGUAUGCAACUCCAAGUCCUCGUCGGCUCUCGGGGACAAUAAGCCAUCAACCUAGCUUGAGCAUCCCCUCUCGGGACAACUCUCCCACAAGAGGUCGCGGUUACACAUCCUUGCGUGGUCCUGGAUCGUUGCGUACAACGUCAACAUCUAGUCAACUCCCAAGACCCUUCUACGGUUCCAUCGGCCGGUCCUCGACGAGAGACUUCUCAGGGGCACUGGGAGGUCCAUCAAUCAGACAAUUUACUCAGGAUUGGAUUGAUCAGUAUUUGUCUGGCCAGCCACGAACAGAGCGGACGAAUUGGCUAAGUGACGACGAAGGCAGCGAGGCGCCGUCCUUCAUAACCGCUCGCAACAACUUUGGAGACGAUCCAACAGAAGGUUGGCUGGGCUUGGACGAACCUAACGAGGAGGACCCCCUAAGGACGCCUACCGCGUCGAAUUCUCUAUCUCUCAGGUCAAGAAAAGGGCUUCCGAACGGGCAUCUCGGCCGGUUUCGCCAAAAACAUAUCUCCACUCUUAGCACUGCCACGUUGCGGCAAGAGGACUUCUGGAGCUUUGCGUACGGUGACGAGCAUCCAUCAAUCACAAUGUCUGAUGCAGAUACAUCUACGCCUAGGGUAGAGCAUGAGUCCCCGGCUGAGUCUCCAGUGGAGAAGCCACUGCCCAUACCCCCUUCGGAGGAUACCACUGUCGUUGAGAACAUCGAGAACGUGAAAAGUGAUAUUAGAUCUAGACCUUCGUUGCUUACUCAGGCUUCUUCUAUGCGCGGGAGGAAUAAAGUACUCUGGCGCGGCAAGGCCUGUCUGAUCAAAGUGCCCCAAGAUGACAAGCGGGGAUCUGACGAGUCCGGCAAUAAAUUGCUCACAAAGGUGGAUGUCAAGAAUCGUUUGCAAACUUGGGUAGAUAAAGGAUAUCAUGUGCAUGGAUUCGAUGUUUUUGCUCCCGAACUAGACUCUACAAGUCAGAAUGGCGGUUUUAGUCGGCCGCCCUUUCCAGACCAGUCGGAAUUCCAACAGGAGAUGGCAUCAAAAUUCUAUCCGGUGAGGUUCCCAAAUCUCGGUGAAUGGGAGGCAUACGUUGAACAGCUGAAAGAGGAAAAACUACGCGCAUUGGGAGUGUCCUUAGGUUUCGAUGAGUCGCCGGAAGCGCCAUCGCCUGCCUCUAUGGUAGCACUGAACCAAAUGGCUGCGUUCCCAGGUCAUAUUACCUCCCCGCCGAUACCUACAUCAUCUGCUGCUAGCAAUCACCUAUAUGGAUCCCAUGCUUUCUCUCAUUUCAAUCAUUCCACCAAUCCUAGCACAAAUGCCGAAUCACUGGCUUCGCCCGCACCCCAGUUUGGGAUGCAGCACCCGUUUUACGGAGUCGAUGGGAAUAUCGUGGCAGGACUUCCAUAUCCUUAUCAAGCAACCCCUCCUGUUGCCGGGACUUUGACUCCCCAAAGUCUGUUCAACGCACGUCAGAACAACAUUUUCGGAACUGGUCCGGGGGUCAUGCCCAACUUGAAUGCGAUCUUCUCUCCUGUCUCUCCUCUCAAUGCUGACGAUAUAUUUAAUAACGGCUCUAAUGGCCAGUAUGAUCACAGAGAUUCAAUCCAUGAUACCACGCAUCGUAACUCGACAAGCCAUGACCGGCAUACUCGAGAAUCGAGAGCGGCAACACUCAUUAUGGACGACCCACAGACUGAAACUGAACACUUCCAAGCAUCGAAUGUGGAGAUCGCGCAUCCCACUCCUCGAGGGCAUAGUCACAAUCUCAGUGAAACGUUGCAAAAAGGUCUCGAUCGUUAUUCUCACGCAGACUAUCAUCUAGAUCAAUCAAUGCAAGGCCAACUAGAGGAUACUGAAGCUGGCUUACAGGAGUCUCGCUGGGCUGUUGCUGAAAAUGAUGCUCAGCCAUCUGCGGCUCGCGGACAAUUUUCGAUUCAGGACUCGUUUACUACCGGCCACCAUCGGAUGUUUGGCGAACAGCAACAGCCCAUGGAUAUGAUUCAGGAUGCUGAUGAGAUUGAUACCAAUCCUAGUCUUGCCGCAAGUCCCCGCGAACCUAACAUCAAUAUGAGUCAACAUCCCUGGCAUAGUGCUAAAGGAAGUUCCGCCUCCUUUGCUCCGGGGCACAAAUCCAAGCCUUCUUCAUCUGGGCUCAACGUAGAAGCCAAGGAAUUUGAUCCGACGACUUCGUUCUCAUCUAACGCAUUUGCUUACCAGGAAACUUCAGCUCAGCCAAAUGGAUAUGGAAACGGGCCAAUUUUCUCGCCCACCUCGUCUAUAUUCAAGUCUAGCGGUUUCAAUGUGACAGCUCCUUCAUUCACACCGUUUGGUAACGAUGCCAAUGUUAACGGUGCAUCGUUUGUGCCGAAUGCAUCAAAAGGCUUCACCUUUUCCGCUGCAUCUUUCAAUGCGGAUGCUCCUGCUUUCAAUCCUGGAGCUAGUGUCGCAUCUAAUACCUCGGAUGCACCUAGUCAUCUCAAGAGCAGCAUCUUUGGAGACGUCGAUUUUACCCAAAUGUCUAAGCCAAACAAAGAAUCCAAGGCCGUUCCUAUUGUUCGACCUGAUGAUAAUAACGAAGAAGAGGAAUCUGAAGAAGUGAUUGAAAGUGGUGCACCAGGACUGCAACCACGUCAGAAACGUGCUCGUCGCCGUGCUGGUGAGAACGAAAAGGACGUCGAAUUUGUGGUUCCUUCGCCCCUCGCAGAGGCCUCUCAAGCCCAAGCAACGUCAGCACCUCAAGCACCUAAAUCUGCUGAAGGCAAAGAGAACGAAGUCCCUCAGCCAGAUGUUCUUGAUACCAAUUCGAAACCAGCAAGCCCGGACGCAAAACGCCGUUUCGUGGACGAUACGAUAGUAGUAAAAGCUGCUGCCGAUGUUAUUCCCGAUGAGAAUAUCACACCUUCAGUCGAAACCGAACCGUUCCCUGCAAUCUCCAAUGAAGAUUCCCAUGGUGCUGUGAAGGUUGAUGAUGAACAAACACACAAGGAAUCCGAAAAUGAGGCUAAGGGAAAGCUUGCUCCUACAAAUGAGACUGCUGUUGAACCUGCUAUUGCAGAAAAAAGCGCAAAACCACCGAAGCGUGAGCCAAGGAAAUCAAUAUUUUCGGCUUUCGCGAAGACAUUCAAUUUCCGUCCUUCGAUUUCCGAGUUUGUCCCGACGAAUAAGGAGCCCAACGAUGAAGCGCGACCAGAGCCUGUCAAGUCUCAGCCCGAAAAGCCUAAGACAGGGCUUUUCGCAUCACGUUAUGCAGUUGAAGAGGAAGCUGGUACUACCGAUGUCGCGCCUGUUGACCAUGAGGUUCAGACAAAUGAUAAGGAACAAGGUGUAAACACUGAAGCUGAUCAUGAUUCGCCUAAUGAGGAAGAACUUGACGCUGUAAUGAAUCAACUUAAUGGGGAUGAUUCCGACGUGGGUGUGGAAAGGCUUAGCACACCAUUACCGCCCCAAAUGGUUACAGAGACUCCUGAAACACUCUUGACACAACGGGCAAGUCUACCUCAUAUUAUUCGCAGUGAUGCUCCCAGUCCCAGCCCAGCCAAAAGUUUCGAUCAAUUGCUUCGAGGAAAAAUUGGGCCUGAUCUAGAUGUUCCCCAAUCUCAUCAAUCGUUCCCACAACGAGGAUUCGCUUCCGGUGCUCAAUCUCCUGUCCGUCAAUUGCUCAGCACGAACGAACAUAUCAGUGACUGGGACGAUGUCAUCUCUUCAGGGGAGGAUGACAAAUUAGUACAACGAAGCAAGUUCUUUGAUCGUCACGUUAAUACCCUUGUCAGUCAGGUAUUAGCAGAGCGGUUAGGUCCGCUUGAGCAAGCACUGAGUAUCAUACAAAAUUCCGUCUUGUCUUUACAUUCGCAAUCAGCAACUCAACCGCCACUGCGUAGUAGAUCAGCAGAUGUGGAGCAUAGUGAUGCUGAUGAUGAGGAUGAUGAAGAGGAUGUACCUCGUUCAGUCUCACAAUUAAACAAGCGAGAUAGGAAGUUGGAGAAAAUGAAGGGGGCAGUUCUCGAAGCCCUUACUACACACGGGCUCGGUCGACAGGAAUCUCAUCCUUCAGCGAACUUCAACGCCAUUCACGAAACUCUUGUUGAGCUUAAAGCCCUAACUGAAAGACAACAACAGCCCGAGAUCCCAGACUUCAAGGGCUUAAUACAGGAGGCCUUGGCCAUCCACGCUCAAGCCAAUGCUAGAAAGACGCCCCUUUCCGAAGCAGAAGAGAUCGGUGCGGAAAGCUUGAAACUGCAAUUGGAUGGUGUGAAAAGCAUGCUUCGAACUGCCGACGAGCGUACUGAACAAGAAAUUAAGGCUCGCCGUGACGUCCAGGAAGCCUUAACUGAAGUACAGAAAAUGCUUGGUCACGCCGAGGGCGAGGUUGUUCACUACCGCAAAGCCGCCGAGGAGGCAGAAGCUACUCUUCGUGGGCUACAAGAGGAGAAGAUUCCUCAGCUAGAGAAGGCUCAGGUCAGAUAUGAGGCCCUCGAGAAGCAACAAGAAUCCUGGGAAAUGACACUUUCAGAGCUCUCCGCCAAGAAUAUUGCGCUGGAAGGCACACUUGAUGAGUAUCGUGUUUCGCAUGACUUCUGGAAGAAGAAGGCCUCGGCAGCGGAAGGGGAGAAUAAGGAACUGCGCACCAAUAUCACACAUCUUACUGCUCGAGUCGAAGAUAGUAUGCGCGCUAGACAGAGUUUACGUGGCAAGUUUGACAAACUGCAAGAUGACAUGGUAAACUUAACCAGGGAUGUUACUUGCGAGCAAGCCAAUGCACGUAGACAAGAAGAAGAGCUUACGGCGAAAUAUGAAAGCCUACGCGCUUCCUAUGAUAGAGAGGUUAGGUUGCGUGAGAAGCUUGAAAUUGACAUUGGCGAGCUAGAGAAGUCAGAACGAGAAGCUGCUAAACUGAAGUUCAUCUUUGCUCAGUCCCAACAAGAAAAUCACAGACUAGAGGAGCUAGUUGAAGCCUUGCGCCGGGAAAGUCAAGAACAUCAGAACACAGCUUCUCGUUUUGAGCGCGAGUUCAAUGAAGCUCGCGACAGCAGUCGCAUGGAAAUUCAGCGCACCAGGACUUCCAUGGAAGCCGAUCUUGAAGCAGCAAACAACCAAGUUAACUACGUUCGAGCACAGCUUGAAGCGGAGAUUGGUCGCUUGGAGAGCCAAGUUGAAAACAUUCGCAUGGAUGCCGAUACCACAAAGGAGCGCUACGAGCUUCUUCUAGAGGAAGCCCAUGAAAACAAAGCUUCUUCCAUUGCCGAGCUGUCCGCUUCCAAAGACAUAGCUAUGGAAGAACAACGCAAGACUCACGACCGUGUUCUCAACGAUCUCCGUGAACGCCACGCCCGUGCACUGCAUAAUGCUUCGGAAGAUCGGCAAAGAAUUGAGUCUCACAUGAAUGAGAAGCUAGAUCUUUCUAACGAGAGAGUAGCUCACUUACAAGACCGCGUGUCACACUUAGAAGAGAGACUUGAAAUUGCCAAGUCUGCCGCUCGUGCUGCCGCCCAAGCCGCCCAAGCCAAGGGGGUUCCUAUUUCUCCAACUCCUGUGCAACACCAUUCUUCGCCGUCCUUGUCUUAUAGCAAAGAUCCUUCAGUUCCUGAGAAGAUCUCCCCUCAAGCUUUACGUGAAUCGAUUCUUGUCCUUCAAGACCAAUUGCAACAACGCGAAAGCCGCAUCGAAGAAUUGGAACAGGAGCUCGGUGAAGUCGAUAAGGAUGCACCCAACAAACUCAAGGAGAAGGACACUGAGAUUAGCUGGCUUCGAGAACUAUUGGGGGUCCGCGUCGAUGAUCUCCACGACAUUAUAAACACCCUUUCACAGCCUUCUUUUGAUCACAAUGCUGUCCGAGAUGCUGCCAUCAGGCUCCGGGCUAACCUCCAAAUGCAACAGCAGGAAAAGGAGAGGGCAAUGUCCGGAGGACAAGCAUUUCCUUCUUUGUCUGACAUCGCUGCAUCACCACGUUCGUUGCCACUUGCUGCAGCUGCAGCUUGGGGUAACUGGCGCAAAGGACGGGAGUCCUUUACAUCGGAAAACGGAGCUUCUCAAACACCUUCAAAGUCAACGAGCGGCGGUGGAUUCUUUUCUGGUCUCCUGACACCCCCAAGCUCAAAUGUAAGAUAUACACCCAAGAAUUCGAGCGCACCACGAGGUCCAGCACGAAUGGGAGGUCGCCGAACAGCGUCAGAAAGUCGUCCACUACGGGGAUACAAUCCAUCACCGCGCUCCCUAUCUGCGCGGCAGAUGGACAAGCUACCCGUUGUCCAUCAAGAGCCGCUCGAACCACCGACAACACCACCACUCUUGCGACGUUCCAGCUACGACCGUGAUGCUGAACAAAAUAGCUAUGAUGGUAGUGCUCUAAUGGACGAUGGCGACGGUGACAGCAUCAUGGCCCCAGAAUCUCCGAAGGUAUCAAGGGACGACGGCAUCUUUGCAACUGAAGAGUAA